CGCGAGUCCCCGCCCUGCCCCGCGCGCCUCCGCCGCCACCGCCGCCUCCUCCUCCAGAUCCUCCCGCGCUCCGCCGCUCCCCGCCCGGGGUUUUGCAAUGUAGCAGCUGCUUUUAUUCUGUCCCCUCCCUCCCCUGUGCCGGUCUCGCCUUCUCGCAGGUUGCUCCACCCCGCCCGGAUCCGGCGAGGGGACCGCGCGCGCGGCUGCAGCGCCGGCGCGCGGGUGCGUCCGAGGUUCCGCGGCGCGGUCUCCGCGGGGCGCGCUCCUCCCCGCCCGCCGCAGCCCUUCCCCGCUUGCCCGGCGCAAUCACAGGGCGCCUUAAGCAUGCUGGAAAGAUGGCGCUAGCGGCAGCGGCGGCGGUGGCGACAGCGGCCGGGCCGACAGGCGGCGGGGGCGGCCGGGCGCAGCGCAGCGGACUGCUGGAAGUUUCGGUGCGCGACCGCUGGCACAAAGUUCUGGUGAACUUGGGCGAGGACGCCCUGGUCCUGAGCGGCGAGGACGGCGCGGCGGCGCACAACGGGCUGGGCGCGGCGGCGGCGGCGCAGGGCGCGCAGGGCAGGGGCGCGGGGCCCCCCGAGUCCCCGGCGGGGGUCCGCACCGCCUUCACCGACGCGCCCGAGCGCGUGCCCGAGGCCGUGUGCAGCCAGAAGCGCGGCGUGAAGGUGCUGAAGCAGGAGCUGGGCGGGCUGGGCAUCAGCAUCAAGGGCGGCAAGGAGAACAAGAUGCCCAUCCUCAUCAGCAAGAUCUUCAAGGGGCUGGCGGCCGACCAGACGCAGGCCCUGUACGUGGGCGACGCCAUCCUGUCGGUGAACGGCGCCGACCUGCGGGACGCCACGCACGACGAGGCGGUGCAGGCGCUGAAGCGCGCGGGCAGGGAGGUGCUGCUGGAAGUGAAGUACAUGCGGGAAGCCACGCCCUACGUGAAGAAAGGCUCCCCGGUGUCCGAGAUCGGGUGGGAGACGCCGCCCCCGGAGUCCCCUCGGUUAGGGGCCGGCACCUCGGACCCUCAGAGUUCCAAGUCAUUCUCCUUCCACAGAGACCAGAAGAGCAUCCCGCUGAAAAUGUGCUAUGUCACUCGAAGCAUGGCCCUGGCCGAUCCAGAGAACAGGCAGUUUGAGAUCCACUCCCCGGACGCGAAGCACACGGUGAUCCUCAGGAGCAAGGACCCGGCCACUGCGCAGGCCUGGUUCAGCGCCAUCCAUGCCAGCGUGAGCGAGCUGCUGCCCCGGGCGAUCAGCGAGGUCCGGGAGCAGCUGGGGAAAGCGGGCCUUGCCGGGGGACGAGAGAUCCGGCACCUUGGCUGGCUCGCCGAAAAGGUCCCUGGGGACAGCGAGAAGCAGUGGAAGCCGGUGCUGGUUGUCCUGACGGAGAAAGACCUCUUGCUGUAUGACAGCCUGCCACGGAGGAAGGAAGCCUGGCUCAGCCCCGUGCACUCCUACCCUCUCCUCGCCACCAGGCUGGUCCAUUCGGGCCCGGGGAAGGGCUCACCCCAUGCUGGUAUGGAUCUGUCCUUUGCAACUCGGACUGGUACCAAGCAAGGGAUUGAAACACAUCUCUUCCGGGCAGAGGUCAGCAGGGACCUCUCCCAGUGGACGAGGAGCAUAGUACAGGGAUGCCACAACUCGGCCGAGCUCAUCGCUGAAGUCACCACGGCUUGCACCUACAAAAACCAGGAGUGUCGCCUGACCGUGCAUUACGAGAAUGGGUUUACUCUUAGCACCGAAGCCCAGGAGGGUGCCUUUCCCAAGACAAUCAUCCAGUCUCCUUACGAGAAGCUCAAAACAUCUUCAGACGACGGAAUCCGGAUGCUGUAUUUAGAUUUUGGAGGCAAAGAAGGAGAGAUUCAACUGGACCUUCACUCCUGCCCCAAGCCAAUUGUCUUCAUCAUCCACUCCUUCCUGUCGGCUAAGAUUACAAGGCUCGGCUUGGUGGCUUGAGCAGAGGGCAGCUCCCCUUAGAUGCCACCAGGGACUGACACUGGACACCGCCUGCCCGGAGCCGCGUACCACAUGCAGCAUGGGAGGGCCGGUUUGGGUCGGGGAGUCGGUGUGACGCCCCGGCUCCUCCGGUCAUAACCACAAGGGGCCCCACGGCUACCCAAGGACACACCACAGGCGGCAUCAGAAUGGCACUUCUCAGGGCAGGCAAGGUGGGAGAGGUGAGGGCGACUGAGUGUACAUAGCAUAGCUUCCCCAUGCUGACCACCAAGGACAAGGCCGUUGUUGUUGGAACGGCAGGUGCAGAUCGUAAUCAGACCUGUUUCUAGGCAACGGGGUGGCCAGGUGAGCAAGGGCUGAAUAGAUGGGAAAUGGAUAUUUUCACCCACUUCCCCCACCCUAGGAUCAAGGGUCAACUGGCUUACUGCAGUUUAUUCCCUGAUUCCAGUCGACUUGACUGUCACUGAUAGGGAAAGAAAAAUUCUCCAAACAGAAACCCACUUUUUAUGUAAGUAGGAAGCAGCUGUUACUUUUUUUCUUUUCUCAAUGAAUUAUCUUUUGGCAGUGUAGCAUGACUCCAAAGUGUUCUCAGUAGCAUAUGCUGAACGGGAAUUAAAUAAAGCACCAGAUACCGAUCAGAGCUGUAAGCUGGCACAGUCGGAGCCAGGGUACAUUGCUUACAUGGCACAGCUUUGCCAAAGAGUCGGGUGCACAAAAGCUGAUUAAUUCUGGGGCAGCAGUCACACCAGGGCAUGCUGUCUUGUGCCCAAGACUGAUAGCUUUACUUAGAGGAGACAAAUUAUGCGUUUCUAAAGAUUGUCAUCAUAUAUGUGUCCACACACACCCCACAGGCAUGGUUGAGGGCAUCAAAUUGUCCCCAUAUCACGGUCUCGUGGGAAGUGUGAGCUGCUGCAGGUGACCUUGUUGGCUCUUGUGCUUGCAUGCUGCAUUUCCAAACAGUAACGAACAGUCUCGUUUAAUUCUGCACGAUGCUGGCUCAUGUGGAAGCGCUUCACUGUACCCACCUCUACUGAGAGCAUCUACAGCUCUUUGCUAAUCCCAGGGAAAUAAUACAAUGACAUGAUAUUUUUCUAGAAAAAUAUUUUGGGCACAGUGGAAAGCACAUCACUGAAUCAGUGCUUUUCCUUCUCAUAAUUCAUUCACUAAAAAUAACAACACCCAUUAUUCAAUGUGAAAGUUACUUUUCUCAAACCUUGAAAAGAAGCCCUGGAACUUCUAGAGGUGUCUCUGCUGCUGCCGCUUCCCCUGUGGUUUAUGCAGAUGAAUGGACUGUGAUAGGCCUGUGUUGUCAGCAUGGUACUUUAGCAAAUGCCUAUGCAAAGAGGUUUAAAAAGUGAGUUUGUUUACAAGAAUGCAGACUUGUUCCCUCAGAUGUGCAUGCUUCUCGAGGCGCAGAAUUUUACUUUAAAUCCACCAUUUCUGCAGCGUACCCUUCAGAAGACACCAGCCCUGCUAGAGCAGUGUUGGGGCUGAGGGCGAGGUCCGGGAGGAGCUCGGUAAUAGAAAUCUUUGUUAAACACCGAGUUUAGCAUUGAUGAAUGGGUUUCAUGGCUGCUGGCCACCUCCAAACUUUAAUGUCCAUUGUGAUUCUCUGAGAGGGGCAGCUGGGGUGCCCUUCACAUUAACCUCCUUUCUUUCUUCUUGAACAGCUCACGAAGCUAGCAUUUUUUGGUUUUGUUUGAAGUGUAUGUUUGCAACACAUAAUAACUACAGUUAUUUUGGGGACUUGGUACAUGUAUAUAGCACGUCUUGAUCAUUUUUGAUUCCUUAUUGUUUUUUAAAUGAUCCUUUAAAAAAAACCAAAACAGCAGCUUGAGGAUAUGGACUGUGUUUUUUCUUGUUUUUACAAUAUUGAAGAGUGAAAUCUAAGCUUAAAUACUGUAGGAAAGCACUUAAGCAUUUGUAAAACAUACUCUUUCACUAUAAAUUUUCAGAAUCACUGGAAUGUUGUUAUACAAGAAAAUUGUACUUGUCUAUUGUAAAUAACACAUUAAAAUGCAUAUAUUAAUGCCAAUAGCUUAAUUCAACAAUAUAUAAUUUCAGGUGCUCGGUACUACAUGAAGUAUGAGUUAACCCCUCAUAACUAAGUUGCAAAGAUUCUAUUAUAUAUUUAUAGACAAAUUAAAAUAAUCACAGUUGCAAAUACAUCAUCCUUGCUUAAGUUUUGGACUGAUUGAGAUCUGUGUGAGAGCCAACAGAAAACAUACCCUUUACAUUUAUAAAAAUUUAAUUUAAAUAUUUAUAUUUUAGGGAAAACAUAUUUGAAUAAAAUUAAUGCAUUUUCUGGGGUAAAUUAAAAUGUUACUAGCAAGAAAUAGAAAAUUUUACUAAGAGAGUUGUAAAUAUGAAUCAUUUUUCUCUCCUAAUUAAAAUGUAUCCUACCCAA